CUCCUUCUUCAACAACUUCUUCUCAAACCUCAAAUUAUACAGCUUUCAAUUCAUAACAAAACCCUCCUUUCCAUUAAGCUUUUCGUUUUUUUCCCCCUUCCCAUUAACUCUCAGUUUUUAUUCUCUCCCUUUUUGAGAAAACAGAGAGGGACUCUGUUCCAAGGAGCUAUGCAAAUCACCUCCUGGGGUUACGCCCACUCUCUAUAUUGUUUAUCUAACUUUUUCCACUACGAACAGAUGUUUUUUUUUUUCAAAUUUUCAAAUGGUGGGUCUCAAAUUAAAGCUCCAUUGGAAAUGGAAGACUCUGUAAUUUUUUGAUCUUCUUUCGGAAGAACUUGGAGGCGGUGUCGAAAAUGGAAGACGACAUGGACAAGAAAUCAAGUUGUGGCCUUUUGAACGCUGUGUUUGGCCGCCGUGGAUUUUGGAUGAGACGAACUGCCUCAACUGCUUCAUUGCCAACAAUUGAUCCAAUUAACGACCUCGCUAAAGUCGUGAGCAGCUGCAGUUCGAGGCGCCGGCGAGGCGGCUCCGAUCAGCCGUUGUUCAUCCAUGUUCCGGAGCCGGAGUCCAAACAGGCGAGCAAGGUGGGUCCGAACCAGCAGAGUCAACAGAGGACAAUGCAUUCGAAUCAGCAGAGGGGAGUUCCAAUGAGCAAACAGAAUGCGGGUUGUAAAGUAGCGCCGCCGCCGCCGAACAAAGUGGCGGCGACGGGAAAUGGGUAUGUGGAACAAGGAAGAAAGGUGCCGAAGGAAGCCAUUGGCAUCUCCGGCGAGCUCGAGCUCAUGAUCAACGAUCACCAAAAAUCGAAGGGGAUUAAUGGGUCGCUUCUUCGAGCCUCCUCCAGCAAUUUCAUGCUCUUUGGAAAUUUGGGUAACUUGAGACAAGGAGGGGGUGGAGGCGGAAAUGCACACAAUGUGGUUGAUUAUUCGCCCAAUAUAGGUAGAGAAGAGACUCAAGUAACAAAUGACAAAUACCCAAAUGGUGGGAUGGGGAAUAUAGCCAAGCCUCAACUGAAACCAAGUGCCGAACAAUCGAGUUCUCUUUGUCGAGCAUUAUCAACUCGAAUGGAUCCCGAGAAACUGAAGAUCAUGGGGAAUGAAGAUUACAAGAAUGGAAGAUUUGCAGAAGCCUUAACUUUGUAUGAAGCUGCAAUUGCGAUCGACCCGAACAAAGCGUCGUACCGAAGCAAUAAAAGUGCAGCUUUAACAGCUCUUGGCAUGCUUCUUGAUGCAGUUUUUGAGUGCAGAGAAGCCAUUCGGAUCGAACCGCAUUACCACCGAGCUCAUCAUCGACUUGCGACAUUGUAUCUUAGAUUAGGAGAGGUAGAGAAGGCAAUGUAUCAUUACAGACAAUCGGGGCCCGAGGCCGAUCACGAGCACUUAGCAAAAGCCAAAGCUGUUCAAGCUCAUUUGAACAAAUGCACCGAAGCACGACGAUUACGAGAUUGGAACACCCUGAUUAAGGAGACUGGCUUUGCAAUAACAUCCGGGGCUGAUUCUGCACCACAGAUAUUUGCUUUGCAAGCCGAAGCCUUUUUGAAGCUUCACAAGCACCAAGAUGCAGAUGAAGCCAUAUCAAGAGGUCCAAGCUUUGAGGUGGAUGCCUGUACUAAGUUCCUUGGUCCUGCUGGUAAUGCCAAUUUACUGCUGAUUCGAGCUCAGGUCGACUUGGUUGCAGGCAGAUUCGAUGAUGCACUGGAGGCAGCACAACGAGCUUCUCGGCUCGACACAAACAACCGAGAGACUAACGUAGUAAUGAGGCGUGCUCGAGCAGUUGCGGCUGCUCGAUGGAAUGGCAAUGAGCUAUUCAAAACAUCAAGGUUCUCAGAGGCCUGUCUUGCAUAUGGAGAGGGGCUUGAGCAUGAUCCAUACAAUUCUGUGCUGCUGUGCAAUCGAGCUACAUGUCGGUCCAAACUCGGACAGUUCGAAAAAGCAGUUGAAGAUUGCACAACAGCCCUUAACGUUCGCCCAUCGUACAGCAAGGCUAGACUGAGACGAGCAGAUUGCAACGCCAAGUUGGGAAAAUGGGAAGCAUCAAUACAAGACUACGAGUUCUUACUCAGAGAAACUCCCAACAACGGGGAAGUCAGUGAAGCUCUCGCCAAUGCCCGGAUGCAGUUAAAGAAGCAGCAAUCGUAAACUACAGGGGACCAAAUUGAUAUAUCGCCAUAAUCAUGCAUCAAUGAGCGAAACCCAUGUUGAAAAAGGCCACCAUUGUGGCCAAGAACCACCAGGAG